CGUGCGUGGUCCUCCUCGGCUUGCGCAUAACUUCCACGUUCUUGCAUCCGGCCGUUUCUCCCCGCGUUUUCCUCCUCCUUCCACUUUUCAAUCCCAACAGCUUCCCCAUUUUCCAGGAUUUUUUCACUGGGUCUCGAGUUAAUCUGUGAGCUUGUGCCGCGGCUUGACUUUCCACGGCAAUGUUACCGCAGACCUUUGAUCAAUCGAGUAUUUCUGCCUCCGAAUCCCAUGGCGUCUUCCCUUUUCUGAAACACUUUCUCUGCGGUUGUCAGAUGAGCGUUUGACACUACGAAGAAAAAGAAAUUUCCGCUUUUAUACCGGGCUGAUUGAGGAGAUAGUAUACAGAUUGCUGCUACGCCGCAAGAAGACAUCUGCAAAUAUCGUUCAAGAGCUUUAUAGUGACCGUUAAAUUUGUAACAAUUUGUCGACAUUUGUUACGGUUAUAUAGAAGUACACAGUGAAAAGCGCACAGUGUGAUCAAAAGUUGGUUCGUUCAAAGGCUCGGCUGUUCUCGUACAUUGCAAAGUGUGACUCGUUGUUAUAGUGAUACGAAAGGAAUAGGAAAAAUUGUUGAAACUAUCACAGUUGCAAUCAUGGCCACCACCGAGGUCUUCCAAGACUGGGACUCCCCGCACGAAAAUUUAUCGAGCAAAACAACGCGAAUGAGUACCACGAGAACGACGACGAAAACAACAACGAGAAGAGAGACGUCCGCGUCGACAAAAACAACCACCAUGACAACGGCAGCCAAGCUGUACGGCAAAGACCUCAGCGAAUAUGACGAUGUGGAUGUGGACGAUCUACUGUCACAGCUUUCGCCUGAGGAAAUAAACAUACUUGCAAAGGAAGUUGAUCCAGAUGAUAGUUUCAUGCCUCCGUCGCAACGUUGCAGUUAUGAAUGUGAUAAAGAUCCAACAGGGCCGCUAAACCGCAAGAAGCUCAUCGAUCACAUCAACAAACAGGCUUUAGAGACACCUGAUAUCCCAGAGUUGAAGCCAUACGUGCCGGGAACUGUUCGUGGGAAGAAAUGGAUUCCACCACCACAAGAUAAUCAAAAAGAAAAGGAAGCAGAUGAACAAAUUGCAAUAGAUCUUGGAGAUGAAUAUGAACAGGCUCUCUCCGCCGCAUCUCAAGAAGAGAUUAUUGAUCUCGCUGCCAUCCUCGGUUUUCACUCGAUGAUGAACCAAGACCAGUACCAUGCCUCCCUACUAAACUCUGGCCAACCAGUCGGGCUGGGGUGGGAUGGUAUUACGAAGGCAAGCCAACCCAAAGUAUUUCCCAUGGAACCACCAAACAACACGGACGUAGACGCAACGAUCAAACAAGUUCAUGACGAUGAUCACAUGUUGGCGGAUCUGAAUUGGAAUAAUAUUAAGAACAUCUCAGACGAAAAGUUCAUUCAGUUGUUCGAAGCAUUGGAGAUCAACACACACCUCGAAGCCUUGAGUUUGACAAACGUCGGGCUUACCGACAAGACUGCACUCAGAUUAGCUGACGCCAUCGAAAAGAAUUCGACCCUCAGAGUACUCAAUGUUGAAACAAAUUUCAUCAGUCCGUCUGUGAUAGUAAGGCUCAUCAAGGCUCUUCUUAAAACAAAAUCCAUUGAAGAGUUCAGAUGCUCAAACCAGAGAUCACAAGUACUGGGCAACAAAAUUGAGAUGGAAAUAACGCAGCUGGUUGAGCAGAAUCCGACGCUCCUCCGGCUCGGUCUUCACCUUGAAUUUAAUGAUGCCAGGCACAGAGUCGCCGCUCACCUACAGCGCAACAUUGAUAGGAUUUGUCGUGUCGAAUACUGGGAACACGCUAAGAUGGUAGCAAUUGGCUCAGGUUAUUAUACAUACACCAUUCUUCCGGCUGACUUCCUUAAGAAACGAAAACAGAACUUGGCGCUUGCAUAGCGCAAUGAUACGGCAGUCCCGGGUCGGGGCAACGACAUCCUAGUGCGAUGAGGCGUUCGCCUAGACCGUUUACGCCGCACAGGGAGGGCUUCUCGUAACUACACUAUAGGCUGGGCAAUGCACUAGGAACAUGAAGAAAAAUCUUCGCCAUCAUCCGCUGGUUUGGUAUUCUUGUAUCGCAGUUCGACCGCCUAAAACUUCGCCAAAAAGCGAAGCGAAACAUAAAAGAUAAAAGCUUGCCUCGAAGAACUGUCGUGUGAAAAUUUGAUGUCUAUCGAUCAAUUCAUGGCUGCUAAUAUGGUUUUCAUAAUUUCACGAAAAGCAUUCAGUAUUUUGAGGCUUUGUUUGAAGAAACCGAACUGCUAAAAACAUCAUAGUAUUGUGAAAAAUGAAAGAUUUGGCAACAAGGGCGAAAAAGGAACUGACACUUAAUCUUCUGAAGAUCGCGACAAGCAGUGCAUCCGGUUCUUCGAGACACCAAAGAGAUGCGGAUUAAACCUUACCGAAAAAAUGGCGUCCUACGCCCAAUGACCUAAUGCCUAAUUGGAACGGAAACGGCGUCGGCGAAGAAAAAAAACAACAAGAAAUCGUAGUCUUUUCAUAGAAUCUUGAAUAUUUAAUAGUUCCGCAAUUCGCUUCCGGAAAUUAGGAUGCAGUACGCAAUCGCAAUUUGUCUCGCUUAAUCAUC